AUGGCCUGGUUACUUGACGAAGGGUGUAGGGGAGUGGUGGAAGAGGCUUGGCAAGAGGGGAGGGACGGUGGUUUCCUAGGUUGCUUGCAUCAUUGUGGUGAAAAGCUACAAAGAUGGGGUGAGGACCAUUUUUACAAGUUUGGGGAGAAGAUUAAGCUGCUCUGCAAAUCACAGUUGCUAUUAAGGGAGCUUAGAGAUCCUGAUUCUCUAGCUGAGUUUCAACGGAUUGAAGAGCAGUUGGCUCGUCUAGAGGCCCAGAAAGAUGUUUUUUGGAAACAGCGUGCUAAACAACAUUGGCUACGAGGAGCUGAUGUGAAUACGAGGUUCUACCAUAGGUAUGCUUCUGCCCGAAAAAAGAAAAACACUCUAUCUAGACUGAAAAAUGAUGCUGGUGUGUGGGUUGAGGAAGAGGCUCUGAAGUCUGUUGUGUUGAGUUAUUUUACCAAAAUUUUCCAGUCUUCAGGGUCGGAUUCGGUGGAGUUUUUCUUUAGUUCUAUAACCCCUCGUGUUACGCAAAGGGAAAAUGAGAUGCUUCGGCGUCCCUUUGAGUAUGACGAGGUAAAGGCGACCUUGUUUUCAAUGUUCCCUGACAAGGCUCCCGGGCUUGAUGGGAUGAAUCCAGGGUUUUACCAGCAUUAUUGGGAUGUGCUUCUAGCGAAUAGAAUGAAGUCGUUUUUGGGUGGAAUAAUCUCAGAAUCGCAGAGUGCUUUCAUCCCUGGAAGGCUAAUCAAUGAUAAUAUUCUUGUUGCUGCGGAGGUGGGUCAUUUCCUAAAUAAAAAGCAGACUGGUUUGGUUGGUUGGGGGGCCCUUAAACUUGACAUGGCGAAGGCAUAUGACAGGAUGGAGUGGCCGUUUCUACGUAGAAUGUUGGAGGCACUGGGGUUUGCUGAUCGGUGGGUGGAUCUAAUUAUGCUUUGUGUAACUACGGUCACCUACAAUAUUAUGCUGAAUGGUGCUCCAGGCCCGAAUUUUGGCAAAUACCUCGGUUUGCCAGCAUUUGUAGGGAGGAGUAAGAAGGCGGCUUUUUCUUACAUUGAGGAUAAGAUCAAGCAACGGAUUGGUUCGUGGAAUAAGAAGUUACUUUCACAAGCAGGGAAGGAAAUCCUCUUGAAAACAGUGGCUCAUGCCAUGCCUACUUUUUCUAUGAGUGUCUUUCUACUACCUGACACUGUGUGUUCGUCAAUUGAGAGGCUCAUGAACCGUUAUUGGUGGGGUUCUAGAAUUGAAAGGAAAAUUCAUUGGAAAGCCUGGGAUCGCUUGUGUGUACCCAAAAAGUUUGGAGGGUUAGGAUUCAAGGAUCUACGAGCAUUCAAUUUGGCUAUGCUGGGCAAGCAGGCAUGGUGUUUCUUAACUGAACCCCAAUCGUUUAUUGCUAGGAUUUAUAAGGCUAGGUAUUACCCGAGGACUUCUUUUAUGGAUGCCUCCACAGGUAGUUGCCUCAGCUACUGCUGGCGUAGUAUUAUGGCUGCCCAUGGACUUGUCUCUGGGGGUGUAAGGCGGAGGAUUGGUAAUGGAAGAUCUACUUUAAUCUGGGGUUCACCCUAG